AUGCCAGGUUCAACUAAGGAAACUGCUGGAGAAGUUCUUGUUAGACUCAGAGAAGCCGAUCGAGCGGAUGCAAAUGAACAUCAGCUUGCUGAGGUAUGCGUUUUGCUUGUGGAAACUGAACUCAAAGGCUGGCAAAAGAUUUUGAAUAAACUAUUUUUGGGGACUGAAGGUUUAGGGUUCUCCAUUGAUGCACCACAGUGGUGGAAAUAUGGUGAAGUUAUUAAUCCUAUGAUGUUCACUAAGAAGUUGAUGUAUUUACAUGGCGACGUUGAUCCUGUGGGAUUCAUUAAAAUGUUAUUCAAAGCGAGAUUUUACGCUAUGCCCUACCGGAUUGAUUAUGGAUAUAAAGGGAAUCCAGAAGGCACCCAGGAACCUAAUAAUAACAACUUUAUGAGUUUCAAUUUCGAGAUAGACAUCUUAGAAGUAAGUUGGUAUAAGAAAAUCAUAGGAGUUUUAAAGACCAUCCAAGGUGUAUCAUUUACAAUAGAUGCACCUAGUCAGAUGGUGUAUAUGCAUGGGAACAUUGAUAAAGGUUUGCUCAUGAAGAUGUUAACGAAGACGGGUAUUCAAAUAUUAGGAAUGGACUAUAAUUUGAAGCCACCACCCAAGAAAGCUGAGGCUGCAUCAGAUGGAACCGAGAAACAACCCACGAAAGACAAAGAGUCUACUCCUCCUUCUGAGCUUGUUGUUAGUACAUCAACGAAACAACAAGCCAAAAAUAAGAAACCUCGCGGUUUUAGAAUUUUUUGCUGUCCAUGA